CUCUUUCUUUCUUCUCUCUUCUUCUACAAAGCUGUGUACAUAUCAUAAUUAUAUUUACUUUCAUACUCACGCAGAAAAAAAACUUUUUUCCCUAAAUUUUCCCGCCAACUCUUUUUUCUCUCGUCAAACCUGAUCUUUUAUUAAUACCUUUUUAAAGCGCACACGUACACAUCAUGCGCAAACUGUUUGCUUCCAAAAAGGCAAAGAGAAAGCCAGACGACUACAAAGUACCUGUGCCAAUGGUGGGAGGUAUUCAUAACGCAAAACUGACGGAAGAGCAAUUGGAUGCCAUUCUUACCAACAAUAAAAACGCUCUAAAAGAUCAACAGCAACUACGCAAACCAUCCUCAUCUGUAUCUACCGAGACGCGUACUACCCGACAACAACAGCAUCGAGAUGAGCAAGAGAGAAACGGCCCUAAUAAUGACGAGCGACCUACACGACCCAUCAGUUCACCCCCUAUUCUCGUAGUGCCUAAACCACGACGCCCACUACGCCAAGCCGAUUCAGUGCUACGAAGCCAAGAAUUUGACAAGACGCAGAUCGAAUCCAGCAGCGAGUCGGAAUAUGAUGAGCACCAGCUACAUGAGUAUAUACAAGAGCUUGAACAGCAACAACAAUGCGACUACGAUGAGCUCGGCGGUAUGAAUGGCCACCAGCAUCCAGAUAUAAGGAUGGACAUCCAACGUAUUAUGGUACUGUGGCCUGAAAACUGGACAGAUCUUGCGACAGCAGCAGGAGUAGAGACAGUUCAAGCACAAGAAACAAUAGCAGCGGCAGUUCCCCUUAUGUCGAAUAGGCUCCAGCGACAACAGUUAUUGGCGGCGCCCGAGGAACCACACGAGAUAAGGCUUGAGGGGCUUACCAAUUCGGACAACAAUGUUCCAUCUUCUCAUUCUUCUCACAACUUUUAUAACCCACCUAGCGGUAUAAAAUCUCAUGUUUCUUUUCUUUACCAAAACUCACAUAAAGGCGUUUUUUCAUUCCAAGUUAACUGGAGAUUCAUUUUCAAUACAUUGAUAGAACCUAUACCAGUAAUCGCAGCAGCAGUACCACCAGCAACUUUAAUGAGUGACGAGCAACAAAGGGUUGUAUCUGUCACCAGCAGUAGUGAGGAUUCGAAUUUACAGUAUGAUUCGGCGCGCCAAACGCCCCUUGCAUCUGUUUCAAGUGACCAAACACCGGACCAUACGUCGAUGGAUCUACUAAAGAAACAGUUGUCGCAAGUGUCUGAGAAACAAGCACCUGCUUCGGCUACUAUGAUGAGCAAUGCUUUGCUCGUGGUUGACGACGAUGACGAAAGCGAUGUCCAUGAUGCUUCUAAGCCCAAAGUCAUGACAACUACCACUACAGCUACCACUAGUUUACAUAAUGCUAUCAACAGCAAUUACAAUCAGCCAAGGCAAGCGCAACACCAGCAACACCAGCAGCCACCGUCUGAUGCUUCAACUCCCAAACUCGUCCAAAAGCCUAAUUUUACGUCACCGACAAAAGAUGGAAAUAUUGCAGCAGACUCUAGCACUGGCACAUCAUCCAAUACCGUCAGCCCAUUGUUACACGCAAAGACCACCAGUACAGGGGCGCUUGCAGUUCCGGAAACUGUCUCCGUCACCGCAGGAGUAAGAGAAGCAAUCGGAACAGCGCCAGCCACACAGCAACAACCACACCAGGAGCAGCAACAACAACAACAACAACUAUCCCAUAAAAGGUCAAGUCAAUGUGACUACCAUCAUCACGACCACAAAGACAAAGACAAUACAUAUAUCAACAACAAUGACAAUAACACCAGAAACAGUCAAUCCGAACAACAACAGCAACAGCAGCAAAUGUCACAGGAGCAACUACGUUUCAACAUGACUUUAGAAGCGUUGAAACGACAAGUGGAGUCCAUACACCAGCAGCAACGGCUGGAACGACAACAGUGGGAAAAACGAGAAUUGGAGCACCGGGAGCGAGAAGAGCAUAUGUUGAGCAAAAUCAAUGAGACGCAGAUUCAGCUUCAGCAGGCGUUGUUAAAUAUGACAGCAACGACCGCAACGGCAGCACCAGCCAAUGCAUCAACAACAGUAGCAACAGACGACAAUAACGUCGUCGACAGCAGCAGUCGUAAUGACUCAAUGAUGCGAUCUCCGGGACCAGUGCAGCAGCAGUACCGACGGUCACGAAAGGGCAAAGAUACGCGAGAUGAGGAUGGAGCACUAUUUCCUGAUCAGCAACAGCGACAAGACCCGACAUCAUCUACGGCGACACCGUCUAUACUGUCGUGGGAUUCCAAGAGACAACAACAGCAUCAUCGCUCAACCCUCCGGGCUCGCUCCAAAUCAUCGGAGACGCCGAGAUCGACGACGUUAGACGACAGACGAGGAAAUAACAAUGAGAUCUGGAAACAUAGUGGCAGUGGUGGCAGUGGUACAACGGGUCCAAACCCUGGUCAGCUCCAAGUUUUACAACAUCAAGAGCAAUAUCAUCAAGAGACAACGUUUUUUGAUCCAGUUAGCCGUAAAGCUCACUUUUAUCCCUCCAAAAGACGAAGCCAAAUAUCAGCAUCAACAUCCAGAAUUACAAGUCAGCAGCGUCAGCAACGACAUCUCAGGAUUCAUAAUAAUGGCAGUAUCAGCAAUGAUGAUGGAUCUAGCUCCUUUGACGAAGAAGAUGAGGAAGAAAACUCGACUUUAGGGAUUUUUGGAUCCGGGGGCGGUGGUAGGCGUAGUCAAGCUGGCUCUACAUCAUCCAUGCCCGCCUAUAGCAAAAACUCUGUGGAAAAUUCACCACAUGGUAGCAACGUAUCGGCUAAAAGCGAUGGCACGUUUAGAAAGAGCAAUGGCAGCAACCAUCACCGCCGGGUCAAUCGACAACGAUCUAAAAGCUACUCCGCACCUGAGUCGCCUCAAGAAGGAGCAGGAGGGUACCAUUCAGCAGUUGAAGAAGACAAUGAUGAGCAUUACAUGGGCUACUACCGUCACCACCAUCAGCAUUCUCAGCAACGACAUCAACGACGGUCCAGUAGCCAUGAGCAGCAAGAGCGCCAGAAUCGUUGGUCUCGACCACCAUCAUUUUCUUCGAGAAAUAAGAAACGACAUGAUAGUUCGCCACCGUUGAUGUAUGAUCCACCGCCUCGUUUAUCACGCCACCUUGCUGCUGCAGCUGCGGCUGCCACUUUUCAUCCAUCAAGCUCGCAACGCAACCGUAGAAGACGCGACAGCCAAAGGAUUAUGGAUAUGCUGGAUGAAGACAUGUAUUUCUUUGGUGGGAUGCCGCCUCCUCCUCCGCCUUCGCAUCGUUUACCACGCGGUAUGCACCACCAUCACCAUCAUCAUCCUCCGCCUCCGCCUCCAGGUUCGGGUAUGGUAGCUCCUUAUCCAGAAGAUUGGCCCAUGCCACCGCCACCCAAUGGAUGGCCUCCUCCGUCCCUUUACCGCCUGAGCGGGCCACCAUCCUUCAGCUCCACCGGAACAGACACUUAUCAAGAAGCUGUCAACAUGAUGGAAGGAGCAGUGCCAGGGACAAUGCCACCGCCUCCUCCUGGUCAGUCCGGAUUAUUCCGUCAGUAUUCGGGCCGUAACGCUGUUGACAGCGGCGGCAGUAGCGGAGGAGGACCAUCUUCCAAUCAACAGCAAACAUUUCCACCUGCAUCUAUACGGCAUCAAGCAAGAAUGCAUCCAGCUGCUGCCGCGAUGUAUCAAUCCAUGGACGGACCUCCGUCUAUGGGUUUCCGAUAGCUACGAACCCCUCUGUUCUCCCUCAUCAACUCACAUAUAAAUAUACACGCGUGCAAGAUUUGUACAUAAACUUCUGUCUGCAAUGUGCAGUACUCUGACUAUUUGUUGCGCUCAUAUACAACCUUUCCCAUUCAUCCAAUCACUCCAUCGGAUUCCUAUCUUAUCUAAUGCA